AUGGACUUCAUUAGUGGGUUGCCCUUGACACCCACUAAGAAGGAUUCUGUUUGGGUCAUCGUGGAUAGAUUGACCAAGUCCACUCAUCUUAUUCUGGUUCGGAUGGACUACUCUCUGCAGAAGUUAGCGAAGCUCUAUAUCUCUGAGAUUGUAAGACUGCAUGGGGUUCCUUUUUCGGUAAUUUCUGAUAGAGAUCCUCGCUUCACUUCUCAAUUCUGGAAGAAAUUGCACGAGGCUCCGGGUUCAAGAUUGGACUUCAGUACUGCGUUCCAUCCUCAGACCAAUGGUCAAUCUCAGAGGAAGAAAAUUCUAGGAUUCAGUCGUAAGAGCAAGUUGAGCCCUCAGUUUGUUGGGCCGUAUAGGAUUCUGAAGUGUAUGGAACCGGUUGCUUAUCAAUUAGAGCUACCUCCAAAGUUAGUCUAUAUCUACAAUGUGUUUCACGUCUCGAUAUUGAGGCUGUAUCGGUCUGAUCCAUUUCACGUUGUUUCUAUUGAGGAGAUCGAUAUUAGACCAGAUUUAACUUUUGAGGAGGAGCCGGUUCAGAUUUUGGAUUGUGAUAUUAAGGUUUUGAUGAGGAAGUCCAUACCGUUAGUGAAGCUUCUGUGGCAAAAUCAUGGCACUAAGGAAGCCACGUGGGAACCUGAGGAUUCGAUGCGUCAGUAG